AUAAAAAUCAGUCAUCGGUACUGAAACACGCACACGACUUUCGCUAAAUUUGAAGAGUACUGGUCGUGUUGAUCACAAAGUUUCAACCUUUGAAGGCGAAAUGAAGUCAGCCCUAUUGUCUGUAGCUUUGGUGCUACUGUUUAACGCAGGGUACGGUCAAACCGGAAAAACGGACGAUUGCCUCCUUCCUAAGGAACCAGGCUUCUGCAAAGCGUUUUUCCAGCGAUAUUACUUUGAUAAGUCCAGCGGUCAGUGCAAGAGGUUCAUCUACGGUGGUUGUCAGGGAAACGGAAAUAACUUUCUCACAAAGCAGGAAUGUGAGAAAAGAUGUACAUGCUUUUUCCCUAAGAAAACUGGACCGUGUAAAGCCAAGAUCAGUAGAUAUUACUACAACCACCGCACCGGAAAAUGCGAAAAGUUCUAUUACGGAGGUUGCAUGGGAAACGUAAACAACUUUAAAAGAAUUCGACAGUGUGACAAAACCUGCCCUUCUGUUAAACCAAAGUCAAUUUGCCACCAGCCGAAAAAAGUAGGACCAUGCAGGGCCCGGAUCCCUCGAUAUUUCUACAACAAACGUACUAAAAGAUGUAAGAAGUUUUAUUAUGGUGGAUGUCGGGGUAACCAGAACAAUUUCAAGAAACUUAAGGAGUGCAGGAGCGUUUGUGUCUAUCCUUCUCCUAAAGUGUAACUGGCACCAUGCGUGUACGUUAGGAGCCCAGAGGAUGAUUUCGCUUCUCUUACAUCAAAAUCAAGUAACUUAAAUACUGACCUUUCAAAACUUAGCACAAUUAGUUAUAUAGGCGUUUUUUUCACCUGUUGUUAAAUCCUCAAGAAUGCUUUGAAAUUUGUAGCCUUAAGUCAAGCUUUUUGUAACGUCGCAAUAAAGUUUCUAAUCUGAAAUGAAUUAAAAAAAUAAUCUGA